UUUGCUACUUGAAUACCGCCAGUUCCCCUCUUUCUGACACUGAUAUAGCUUGCCAUCACCGCGAUGGAAGCUCGACAGUAGCAUCGACCUGAUACCCGCGACGAAUACCAUGGCUGCCAGGAUCCUCCGUCGCCAACCGUUUCUCGCUCAAUCGACUUUCCGAAAGUGUGCCUUUACGACCCGUACGAGGAUGGAGUACAGCGAGCGUUCGUUCAGCUCGUACUUCGUCACGCCGGCGGAGUUGAGUAAAGCUCUGGAAGCCAAUGCACCGUCGCGACUCUCCACAGCACCCAGAACAAUCCCAGUAUGCGGGUCGUGGUUCUUACCAAACGACCCAGACAAGCGGACUGGUAUACAAGUAUUCAAAGAAGGCCAUAUCCGCAAAGCUCGAUUCUUCGACCUCGACAAAAUCGCCGAUACAUCCAGUCCGUACCCUCAUAUGCUGCCGAGCCCAGAGGUUUUCCAGAAUGCCAUGAUCAAUCUGGGUAUCAAGCGAGACGAUACCGUCGUAGUGUACGAUACGGCCGAGCUGGGAAUCUUCUCAGCUCCACGAGUAGCCUGGACGUUCAGAGUGUUCGGCCACGAUUCGGUGCACAUCCUCAACAAUUACAAGGCAUGGGUUGAGCAGGGUUAUCCAACAGAGCAAGGCGAGCCUCAAGAGUUUGAAAAGACCAAUUACCCAACACCAGAGCUGGACAAGAGUAGAGUCAUCGCUUUCGAAGAAGUCAAGGAGCUUGCUCAGGACUUCAACAAGGAAGGACAUGAGGAGGUACAGAUCUUGGAUGCUCGAUCCGAGGGACGAUGGCGCGGCAAAGAUCCGGAACCACGACCUGGUCUGUCCUCUGGCCGUAUUCCAGGAAGCACAUCGGUUCCUGUACCUUCGCUGCUGGACCCUAAGACCAAGGCUUUCCUCCCACCGGGCGAAUUGCGCAAGAUCUUCGAGCAGAAAGGUGUCGACCCUACGAAGCCAAUCGUGUCGAGCUGCGGCACGGGAGUCACUGCUACAGUCAUCGAUGCGGCACUGAUUGAGGCAGGCUAUGGCGAUGGAAGCAGACGAAUCUACGAUGGCAGCUGGACUGAAUGGGCCCAAAGAGUGCAACCCGGCGAGAACUUGAUCGAGAAGGAUCCCAAGUAGGGCAUACGAUAACGUCUCGGUCAGUUGGUGUUGUCUGCGAUCGAAAAGCGUAGGCGCAAUCAUCUUUCCAUGUACAGUGCAAUGAGAGCGCUAAUAUCAGGUGGCUCCCAACGUCCAAAGCCCGUACGCCUCGAUUCGGCUGAUG